AAACUUCAGAGUAGUCCUGCGGCGGGAUGUCAAAAAUGACAUCCGGGUCUCAAAAUCGAAAUAAAGAAAGAAGAAGAAAAAGUUUUUCUCCGUAAUUUCUAAUAAAAAUAGGCAUUUUAUUGAAAAAAAAAGUAAAGUUUCUGGCUAGAAAAUCCCCAUCAGAGUUCCUCUGCAUGGUUUUCCAAACAUUUAGCACAUCACGUGGCUACAAAAGCCAAAAAGAGUGAAAGUUGUGAAAGGUGGUUUGACGUUGUUGCAUAAAAAAUUGCAAUUUCAUCGCAAUUUUCUGGGAAUUUUCCUCCAAAAGUAGUCUUCCAAUCAGCUGAAACAUGAACACUGGAUCGAGCUCUUCGUCAGCGGGUCAGUCCUCAGGAGCAGCAGGCAAUGCGCCAAAUAUCCAGGAAUUCGUGAUCCGCGUGCCGAAGAAUUUGAAGAAGAAGCACCACGUAAUGCGCUUCAAUGCAACGCUCAAUGUGGACUUUGCCCAGUGGAAGAUGGUGAAGAUGGAACGGGAGAAUAAUGCAAAAGAUUAUCGCGGUAUGGAGGAGGAUGUGCCAAAGUUUGGUGCAGGAUCAGAGUACAAUCGUGAUCUGAAGGAGGAGGUGCGGCGCAAGAAAUUCGGCAUAAUAUCAAGGAAGUACAAACCUGAAGCUCAGCCGUGGAUUCUGAAGGUUGACAAGUCCGGGAAGAAGUUCAAGGGUAUCCGGGAGGGUGGUGUUGGGGAGAAUGCAGCUUUCUACGUGUUCACCCAUGCUCCAGAUAAGGCUAUUGAGGCCUAUCCCUUGCAUGAGUGGUACAACUUUCAACCAAUUCAGCGGUACAAGGCCUUGUCGGCUGAGGAAGCAGAGCAGGAGUUUGGACGCAGGAAGAAAGUGAUGAAUUUCUUCUCGUUGAUGUUGCGGAAGCGUCUAAAGGGGGAUGAUGAUGCAGAGGAGGAUCCGGAAGAGAAGAAAGCCAACCGGAAGAAGGGGAAGGAUCUCAAAAUCAGCGAUAUGGAUGAAUGGAUUGAAUCAUCGGAUGAGUCAGAUUCCGACGAUGAUGACGAUGAGAAGAAGGAGAAGGAGGAGGACAGCGACAAGGAGAAGAAUGCCAAGAAGAAGGGGAAAAAGGAGGAGAUGGAGAAGAAGAAGAAAAAGAAGAAGGACGUCGACGAUGAGGCCUUUGAGGAGUCUGACGAUGGUGAUGAGGAAGGCAGGGAAUUGGACUACAUUUCAGACUCAUCCGACAGUGAUUCGGAUCAUGAGGGGAAGAUUGAUAAAGAUAUGAAGGGUGUGGCUGAAGAGGAUGCCCUGAGGAAGCUCCUCACGUCCGAUGAGGAGUCUGAGAAUGAAGAAAAGAAAUCCGGUGAGGAGUCUGACAAGGAGGAAGAUGAGAAGAAACCGAAGGAGAAGAGCGGGAAGGACGGCAAGGAUAGCAAGAAGAAGAAGCUGAAGAAGCGCUCAAAGGAUGACAAGAAGGAAUCUUCGUCGGAAACAAGCAGCGAUAGCAGUGAUUCCGAUGACGAAGGUACCCGGAAGUCAGGCAAGAAGCAAAAGGAUAAAGAUGGAGCUUCCGGUACUUCCAAAGGUGCCUCACGCUCAUCUCAGGGAGAGUCGCAGAAGCGCAAGGCAUCGUCUCUGCCGUCAGACCUCUCAACGCCAGAGAACAGCUGCAGCAGCCCCGUAAAUACGCCCGGAAAGAAGAUUAAACUCGACACUCCAUCCCUUCCGGCAUCCUUUGCGGGUGUUGUCAAUGCCAGCAACAAGGAGGAUUGCGGGAUAACUGAAGAAGAUGUCCGUCGAUAUUUGAUGCGUAAACCAAUGACCACCAUUGAAUUGCUCACAAAGUUCAAGAAUAAGAAGACCGGAGUCUCCAGCGAUCGCCUCGUGGAGACAAUGACGCAGAUUCUCAAGAAGAUUAAUCCCGUCAAGCAGACGAUUCAGGGGAAAAUGUACCUCAGUAUAAAGGUCAACAAGUAGUUGGAGUCAUUUAAUUUUUCCUUUUUCUCUUGUCUUUAUGUUCUUCUAACUACAAAUUUGUUGUGAUUUUUUUUUGCUAAGACGAGACAGAAUACAACAUGAAUUAAAGAAUUAUCUAAGAAA